AGAUCGGAGCGACGACGGGAAAAAAAAUCGGGCGACGACGUCACGUCCCCCGAUGGUAAACAGGCGAGACGGGAUGCCCGAGUGAUUUGCCGCGUAUUUGGGUAUCGAUUGUGGUGCGGGCACGCUAGUUAUGUUCGAAACGUCGAGUACAGCUGAGAAGUGGAACGCCGCCGCGAACGUCCCGUCGAGAUCGGAGCACGAAGCGACAAAAUGAAAGCGCUGCUCGUGAUUUGCGCCGCGGCAAUUUUUCACACGACCUUCACGGCUUCGCGCAGCGACGAGGAUCACGAAGUACAAAUUUCCACGAAGACGCAAGAUGUCGAGCGUAAGGCAGAUAAUGCGAGAUUGUUACACGAUCAAAUUUCGACGACGAUCGUCCCGUCCGACGAAGAGGGUGAUUUAAAGCGUAGGGAGAAAGCUUGUUGCUCGCGGAACAAAAAUCGCGCGCAUCGACCUCGUAAGUUGAAAUCGAGAAACUCGACGAGGGGCGAUAAGGGAGGAAUUAAACAACAGACGAAUCGCAUUUCACUUGCCGCGAGGAUUUCUAACGCGAGCAGUCGUACGAGGCCGAAAUCGAAAAAUUCGAGGAAGGGCAAUAAAGGAACUAAGCAACGGGCGAAUCGCUUUUCAUUUGAAAUGGAUCUUUUUGGCGAGAGCAAUCUUGAUAAAAACGACGACGCGGACGUUGUCGAAAACAUUCGCGAAACUCUCGACGAUUACUAUCCGUUUCACGGAGGAUUGGAGUCUCUCCUGGCGAGAUUGGUCGAAGCGCUCGGGAACAGUUCCAAAGAGGGGAACAAUUCCAAAAAGGUCAACAAUACCGAGCCCGACGCGUCCAACUCGAGUGCCGUCAUCGACGAAGGCGUCGUCAGCGCGAGCGAAUUCGACGAGGAAGACCGCUGUCAGAAGUGGCUGGACGUGAGGGAGAAGAUCGAGAGGGCCUUUCCGGGAUCCGUCGCCGACCUGCCAGCGUGUCCCUGCCUGUAUCCGAGCGUCGACAUCUUCUACGAUCACCAGGGGAUCUGGGACAAGAAGCGCGACAAGAAGUUCGCUUGGCGCGACGUGAGCAAGGACAAGGACCGGAUGGGGAUCUACAAGUCGGGCGCGGUUUACUGUGUGCAGACACUACCCACUCUGGAAAGUGAGAGCGCCGCCGCGCAACAUUGCUGCUACGAUGAGAAUAGAAAACUAUUGACCCGCGGUUCCGGCGCCGGCACACCGUACAUUGUCAGCCCGGACAUCUCGUCUCUGCUGCACGACAAGAUCGACCUCUUGCCUUGGCGGCUUUGCAAGGGUGACUUCACGAGGUACAACGAAGCGAGAGUACCUAAUAACGGCAAUGAAUGCGAGGUAAAUCCAGACGACGAGGAAUAUCAACGUCAAGUGGAAAAAGCGAAAAAUUAUUGAGAUACGAUAUUGCCGCGAUUGUACCAAAAAAAAGAGCAAUACUUGCCUAAUUUCCACUUCAAUUGUGUUCCCGAAAGAGAAUAGUCUAAGAAAAAUUCCUAUUUAUUUCCUAAUAUUUCUCUUUCUUUGUACAUUAAUUAUUUUAGUUUCACAUCAGCAUGAAGAGACUAAUUUAAAAAUGCCGUGUGCUAUUGACUGUUAAAAUUAUUUUCUUGUUUCGCGUGAUGAUAUAUUACGACAAUUACAUACUAACUGAUUAACCAGAGACCGACGAAGUAUUAACGAAGGCUUAAACUAUUUAUUUUCCUCAUAUAAUGAGGGAAAUGCGAAAAAAAAAUUAUACGCAAUAUCACACGGUAUUCCAAGUAUCAUUUAUUUAUACAAUAAUUUAUAUUUAGGAGACUGUCUACCUAAUCAAGGUACAAAUAAAAUGUCUUGUUUCGUA